GGUGUUUUCGUACUAGUCCGUAUCGCCUGUCAUGACUUAACUCGUCAUGCAGAAGGAGUUUUUAGCAUCUCUCCCAUUUACUAUUACAUUUUGUUAUAUUUAGUGAUGUAGUAUUAAUCAGUUACUACCAAAACAAUAGUAAAGUUCAUUACAAGUGUAAAGAAAAAUCCGUCUUUUUAAAAACAAUAGUAAAAAUAAUAAUAAAAACAUAUCAAUGAGUCGAUAAAUUAAAAAUAAAAAUAUAUAUAACCAUAGUUUAUUGUUCCGUCUCUAAAGAUCAUCAUCGAUUGUCCAAGUUUUCGUGUCCUCGCCUUGGCCUGUCCAUAGUGCGUUCACUCAAAAAUAUUUUCAUUAAUUUUUAAAUAUUUUGUUUAAUACCGACUAGUUUUUUAAAAAUUUAUCAACUCACUUAAAUUGAUUACUAAGUGCAGGAAUCUAAAAAUUAUUUAAAAUAAUAAUAAUAAUAAUAAUAAAUCAAUAUAAUAAAGUUAAUCAUCAAUGCAUUAGUCAUCAAAGUUUAAAAUAUUUCUUUCCGUCUUCAAGUUAAAGAUAUAAAUUAAAAUGCAACGAACUGUAAUACAUACAUAUAAAAGUUAUAUCAGUACAAUGACGAUAGUGAUGUUAUUUUUCCUGUCCUUCUUGGCGGUUACUCACGCCGAGGAAGGGCAUUGUAUUUGGUAUGGACAGUGUAAUCAGAAUCUUAUGGGUCAUGUACAAAAUUGUAAUUACACAGGAGAAGCUAAACCAUUAACCGGGGGUGGUUUAGAAAUACUCGCCCGACAUUGUCCCCAUAUGAUAAAGAAUGGCCAAGAUGUUAAGACUUGCUGUGAUACAAGUCAACUUGAAACCUUUGAUACAAAUAUCAAAUUGGCGUCAGUUUUCUUAAAUAGAUGUCCAAGUUGUUUAGACAAUUUAGUCAAACAUCUUUGUGAAUUCACAUGCAGUCCAUAUCAGAGUUCAUUUAUGAAUGCCACCAAGAUUGAAACAAAUCCAGAAACUAAUAAAACGUAUGUCAAUGCCGUCGACUUAUUUAUUACAAAUAAAUACUUGCAAGGAACAUUUACAUCAUGUAGUAAAGUAUCUGUCCCAAGUCUUGGACAACUAGCAUUAGAUUUAAUGUGCGGACAUUGGGGAGCAAGUAAAUGCACACCUCAAAAAUGGUUUACUUACAUGGGUGAUGCAGCAACUAAUCUCUAUGUGCCUUUUCAAAUAAAUUACAAUGCAACUGACACUAAAUAUGGUCCAUAUACUCCAUUGGAUCCUGAAGUUACUCCUUGUAGCCAAGCUCUCAAUGAACAUUCUCCAGCAUGUAGUUGCGUUGAUUGCGAAUCAAGUUGUCCUGUACCACCACCAGCUCCGCCAUUACCAAAACCAUUUACACUUAUCGGCUAUGACGGAAUAGCCGUUAUUAUGACAAUUAUUUUUAUCGGUGGAUCAACAUUAUUUUUAAUGUCUGUUAUUUGCUUUAGUAAUCGAAAACAAAUAGUUGCACGAGGAGAGGAAGUAGGGAGACAGGUUGGUAGACGUCUAGCUGCAGGGCUUCAUCACCCAGGAGAUGUUGCACGAAUUGCUUUAGCAGCUGAUCAAGAAGACAGCCCACUACAAUCUAAACGUUCCAGUGUAGUAUCUGCUGAUGAUUUACCUAAUGGAUUAGAUGACCAACAAUCGACGAUAAUUGAACGUCUUGGUGCUAAUACUGAUAAAUUUUUACAAGAAUUUUUCUGUAAAUGGGGAACUGUUUGUGCAAAACAACCAUGGACAGUAUUACUCUGCGGUUUCAUAACCGUCGUAGCCUUGGGUACCGGCAUAACUUGCAUGCAAAUGACAACAGACCCCGUGGAAUUAUGGGCCUCCCCAUUGUCGCGUUCCCGUAUCGAACGCACAUAUUUCGACAGCCACUUCGAGCCGUUUUAUCGUAUUGAGCAGCUGAUAAUAACUCCAGUAAAUCUUCCCAAAAUAAUCCAUAACACAACCAACGGGCCAAUAAUAUUCGGGCCCGUCUUCGACGCAAACUUCUUGCGGUCCGUUCAUUCCCUGCAAGAAGCCAUAAAAAACAUAACCACAAAAAAUAAUUACACUUUAGCAGAUAUUUGUUUCGCGCCAUUAACCAAUGACUUCACCGGUCCACCAACGGUAGACAAGUGUACUAUCCAAAGUAUUUGGGGUUAUUGGAAAGACAACGUAGCAGAGUUCAACAAAUCAUCAAUAGAAGACGGAUAUCUUGAAAAUUAUCUCGACCACUUUCAAAAGUGCGUUGGAAAUCCAACAAAUCCCGAGUGUCUGGCGUCUUAUGGUGGUCCCGUACUGCCAGCAGUCGCACUAGGAGGAUUUUUAUCUCAAGGCCAAUCACUUCGCGACCCAGCAUAUCACAACGCAACAGCUCUCGUUGUUUCAAUCCUCGUAAACAAUUAUCACAACAAAACAAAACUAAUUCCCGCCAUGGAAUGGGAGGAAUCGUUCAUUAACUUUAUGAAGGACUGGGUCAAAAAUAAGAAACCAUCAAAUAUGGACAUUGCGUUCACCUCCGAAAGGUCUAUUGAAGACGAACUAAAACGCGAAUCCCAGUCAGACAUUUCAACAAUUCUCGUAUCCUACAUCAUCAUGUUCGCGUACAUCGCAAUAUCCUUAGGCCAGAUGCGAUCAUGUGAGCGAUUACUGGUCGAUUCAAAAAUAACUCUCGGACUAGGAGGAGUAUUUAUAGUCUUAGCCUCAGUUGUUUGCUCCGUCGGCAUAUUCGGAUUCAUCGGAUUACCAGCAACGCUGAUUAUUAUUGAAGUGAUUCCAUUCCUGGUGCUCGCUGUUGGUGUCGACAACGUCUUCAUACUGGUACAGACCCACCAAAGAGAAGGAAGACGUCCGAAUGAGUCGAUACCUGAGCACAUCGGGCGCACACUUGGUCAAGUCGGGCCCAGUAUGUUGCUGACCAGCGUAUCAGAAAGCUGCUGCUUCUUCUUGGGCGGGCUCUCAGAUAUGCCUGCCGUCAAAGCCUUCGCUCUCUACGCUGGUAUGGCGUUGCUGAUAGACUUCAUUUUGCAAAUAACCUGUUUUGUAAGUUUGCUAACUCUAGACACCGUACGACAAAGCGCUAAUAGAUUCGACGUGUGCUGCUGGAUGCGCGGCUCCAAGAAAGACAACUCCGAGGAAGUUGUCGAUGGAAUUUUGUAUAAAAUAUUUAAAAUAGUCUACGUGCCAUUGCUACUAAAAAAAUACGUCCGCGCUGGAAUAAUGGUUAUAUUUUUCGGGUGGCUGUGCACCAGCAUUGCGGUGGUGCCGCACAUUGAAAUUGGACUUGAUCAGGAACUGUCGAUGCCCGAGGACAGUUUUGUUCUUAAAUAUUUCAAAUAUUUAAAUGAAUAUUUAUCUGUUGGCCCGCCAGUUUAUUUUGUUGUGACGGGUGGGUUAAAUUACUCAAGGACUUUUGAUCAAAAUUUAGUUUGCGGGGGAACAUAUUGUAACUCUGACUCGGUGAUAACUCAAAUAUUUUCGGCAGCACAGCAGCCCAAUGUUACGUACAUCGCAACGCCGGCGUCGUCAUGGCUGGAUGAUUACAUCGACUGGACCCAAGCAUCUGAUUGCUGUAAAUACUUCAAGUCCAAUGACUCAUUUUGCCCGCAUCAAAAUAGCGGAUGUCUAUCCUGUGAUAUUGGUUCUAAUAAAUAUGGCAGACCGGACUCUACGGAGUUUAAAAAAUAUGUAUCGUAUUUCUUGGAGGACAAUCCGGAUGAAGGCUGCGCUAAAGCUGGACAUGCUGCGUAUGGACAGGGGGUAAAUUAUGUUAUGGACAAAAGCAGCAAAUUGUCGGAAGUUAAGGCGACAUAUUUUAUGGCUUAUCAUUCAAUUUUGAAGACGUCCGAAGAUUAUUACGAGUCGAUGAAAGCGGCGAGGAAAAUUGCCGCUAAUAUUUCUGAGAUGUUGAACGAUAAUCUGAGGAAAGUUAGUAUUACGGAAAGGGUUGAUGUGUUUCCGUACAGUGUUUUCUAUGUUUUUUACGAGCAGUAUUUGACAAUGUGGCCGGACACGCUUAAAAGUAUUGGAAUUUCAUUAGUUGCUAUUUUCAUUGUCACGUUCUUACUUAUGGGCUUGGAUAUUUUCUCAUCGAUUGUUGUUAUCAUUACGAUAACUAUGAUACUGGUUAAUAUUGGAGGGCUGAUGUACUGGUGGCAUAUUACGUUAAACGCUGUGUCACUUGUGAAUCUUGUUAUGGCUGUGGGAAUUUCCGUUGAGUUUUGUAGCCAUCUUGUUCACUCGUUUUCAACUUCGGUUAAAGAAACCAGGAUUGAAAGAGUUGAAGAUGCGGUUACGAACAUGGGAAGUUCGAUAUUCAGUGGAAUUACGCUUACUAAAUUUGGCGGUAUUAUUGUCCUUGGCUUUGCUAAAAGCCAGAUCUUUAAGGUAUUUUACUUUAGAAUGUACUUGGGAAUUGUUCUGUUUGGAGCAGCUCACGGUCUAAUAUUUCUGCCUGUAUUACUUAGUUAUAUUGACGUGAUGUCAGGUAAGAGAAAGCGACGGUCUCGCAUCACCAACACGAGCAUCAACAACAACCGCAACAAUAACGACAGCAACGAGAUCCCAGAUGAUCAACUCGUUGAUUCCGCAACUCCUCUUAUCCAGAAUGCUCCCAGCAUCUCAAUCACUUCCUACGCCAGUAUAAAUCAAUCUAAUUAACAUUACCUAAAAAUUUAAAUAUAAAACAACAACAACAAAAUAACAAAUAAAUUUAUAUUUUUUA